AUGGGAAAUCAUCAAUCAAUAAAAACAAACUCUCCAACAAAAGGGUCUUUGAGUAAACCUUCAGACUGUUUAAAUGGAUAUGAACCAAUAUGCGUUUCUUUAGAAAGACUAACUCCAAAUAAAUUAACAGUAGAACCAGUACAAACCCACACUCAAACCUCAAAUCUCUCAAAAGAAAAGAAAUUAAAGCAUCUUUCAGAAUGGAAAGAAUUUAAAUAUAUGCACCGUUUUAGUCAAACUUUUCAAGAAAACAAAAGACCGACUUCUGCUCCAUUAGAACCUAAUAACCAAGAUAUUGAAGAAUUUUAUAAACAAAGUCCUUUUGAAGACCUUAACACUCAAUUAGUUAUAAACUGUUUGAAAAAAACAGCUCAAACAACUGGCUUUGAAGUUAUAUAUGAUAGUUUAUUACAAGAAUUAGAUUCCAGAAAUAUUAAGAGUGCUAUUGAAUAUAAGACAAAAAUACUCUUUGUAUUCGAGACUAAAUCUGGAGUUGUUGGCUUUUAUCAAGAAGAUAUGAUUCCAAUGCUUCAAUUCAAUAAAACAAAUAUUGUUUCUUCUAAUAAUAUGUGGGUUUUCACUGUUAAUAAAAAUUCAAGUACUUCUGUAUUUCAAAGAAAUACUGAAUCUAAAUCUUCAUUCUCGUUAUACUGCAAUGAUUCACAUGUAGUUUUGAACUGUUAUUGUGCUUUUUGGAUGAAUGAUAUGGGACUUAUUCAAUUUAAUCCGUUGAUGAAGUCUUCAUAUACUCAAGGAAACUCAACAGUUACUCCAUUACAAUUCCAAUUUAAUUGUACUAAGAUACGAUGUGAGAGACUUUGUAUACUUCAAUGCAAAGAUUAA